AUGUCAGAAGAAGAUCAGCUGUUUCCAGUGAAACUUUAUGUGUAUGACCUUUCCCAAGGGAUGGCUAGAGCAAUGUCACCACAAAUCAUUGGAAUACAAAUUGAUGCCAUUUAUCACACCUCUUUGGUAGUUCAUGGUAAAGAAUUCUUUUUCUCUAGAGGCAUAAGCUUCACCAACCCUCCAGGAAGCACAAUAUACGGCCAGCCAAUCGAGGUGGUAGAUCUCGGGGAAACCUUCAUCACCGAGGACUUGCUAAAUGACUACUUGGAUAACAUGAAGGCCGAAUACCAUGAAAAUAGUUACGACUUAUUCCAACACAACUGCAAUCAUUUUUCUAACGAAUUGUCAGAUUUUUUGGUCAACAAACAGAUUCCUUCAAAGAUUCGUGACUUACCGAGCUUGGUAUUGAGUACCCCAAUGGGGCAAAUGUUUAGUCAAAUGCUUUCGUCCCAAUUGACGGCGUACGCCACCUCCGUGGGACCAAACGAUCAUAGCUUAUGA